AUGCCAAAUUUCGGAAAACCCUCGAUGAGCCGCAGAGAGCUCCUCGCCCAGACUCAGCAGCAGCAGCAGCAGCAGCAGGAGCAGCAGCGGCAGCAGCUGCUGCAGCAGCAGCUGCAGCAGCAGCUGCAGCAGCAGCUGCAGCAGCAGCUGCAGCGGGAGCCGCUGACCAGUGGUCUGGGCGCUGCCUUCCAAAGGCCCUACUGCAGCAGCAGCAAACCUCGAGAGACACCGCAGCAGCGGCGCAUGCGGCUGGGCCUCUGCAGCAGCCCCUCGCCCCCAGCAGCAGCAGCAGCAGCAGCAGCAGCAGCAGCAGCAGCAGCAGCAGAACUCCGGGUCUUGGCGAAAAAGGAAGUCUUCAGAGAUGUCCAAGAAGACCCCCUGCUUUGGGAAAUUAACACCAAAGACUUCAGCAGGGUCAGCAGCAGCAGCAGCAGCAGCAGCAGCAGCAAAGUAAAACACGGCCAACGCAGCAAACGCGCCUUCUAG